AUGGAAGAUGAGGACAUCACAGCAGAUUGUGCGGGAGAAGAGACAAUGAGCUCAGCUAUGGAUGGUGGACCUCACAGUGUGGAGAGACCAUGCAAUCCCUCUGACUCUGAGCAACCUCGUCCUGUGGGGGAUGGGGCCGGAAUUCAGGGGGAGAAGACAUUUUCCUGUCCUGAGUGUGGAGAAAGUUUUCUACGGAAGUAUCACCUUAAUGUACAUCAGAGAUCUCACACGGGUGAGGAGCUUCAUCCCUGUCUUGAGUGUGGGAAAAGUUUUCUUUAUAAAUCCGAACUGAUCUCACAUGAGAGAUCUCACACGGGGGAAAAGCCGUAUUCUUGUCCUGAAUGCGGGAAAUGUUUUUCACAAAAGUCAAAACUUUCUGCACAUCAGAGAUGGCACACGGCAGAGCUGCUCUAUUCCUGUCUUGAGUGUGGGAAACGUUUUUCAUGUAAAUCUAAUCUCACUGUGCAUCAAAUGUCACACACAGGGGAAGGUAUGUAUUCCUGCCCUGAAUGCGGGAAACGUUUUACACGUAUGUCUCACCUUGCUGUGCAUGAGAGGUCCCAUACAGGUGAGAAGCCAUAUUCCUGCUCCGAGUGUGGAAAAAGUUAUGUAAUGAAGUCAGAUCUUGUUAAACAUCAGAUAUCUCACACAGGGGCCAGGCUGUAUGCCUGUUCUGAGUGCGGGAAAUGUUUUAUACGCAAGUCUCAUCUCGCUGAUCAUCAGAAAUCUCAUACAGGGGACAAGCCAUAUGCCUGCUCCGAGUGUGGGAAACGUUUCAUACGCAAUUCUCAUCUCACUGUGCAUAAAAGGUUUCACACCGGGGAAAAGCCAUAUUCCUGCUCUGAGUGCGGAAAAAGCUAUAUAUGCAAGUCUCAUCUGACUGAUCAUCAGCGGUCUCACACAGGGGACAGGCCACAUUCUUGCUCUGAGUGCGGGAAACGCUUUAUUAAAAAAUCAGACCUCGCUGUGCAUCAGAGGUCUCACUCUGGGGAGAAGCCAUAUUCCUGCUCUGCGUGUGGGAAAAGUUAUAAACACAAACCACAACUCGUCAAACAUGAAAGAUCCCACACAGGGAGAAGCCAUAUUCCUUUCCUGAGUGCGGGAAAUGACUUCCCAAUAAGUCCAGGGUCUCUGUACAUCUGA